AAUUUCUUUUCUGAAGCAUUUUUCUUCUAUUGGCUAUGAAAAAUUCGUGAAGGAAAAUCAGAUUCUUCCUCCUGGGUUUUGCAGUUUCGCUUUUGUCUUUUGACCUUCAUCUUCUCUAUUCCGGUUCGAAAUGCUUCAACACCAGAUAGUGCAAUCUCCGGCGAGGCUCGGCCUCACCAAUCCCAAUUCUCCCUCUCUUCAGACCUCUACUCCUCCCAGAUUCCCAUCUUCUCAACAACCAUCGCAACAGCAGCAGCAGCAGCAGCCGUCUCAGCACCCCAUCCACCCCAAUCUCUCCGCCCCUGCCGCCUCCUCCAAUCUCCUCUCCUAUCUCCCUCCACUCCCCAGAGCUCAAGUUCUACUCCUUCAAAUGGCUUCUUUAGUCUCUAAACUCUUCGAAGUCUCCCCUAAUCGGUCCCUCUGGCUCUCCGCCCUCCGAGGUUCUUUCCCGACUUUCCUCUCUUCGCAAAUCCAAUCACACCCACCACCCGCACUUGAAUCUACUCCCACUUCCACCAAAGAAGUCAUUGCCUUGUUUACUUCCCUUCAAACCCAUCUCUUCGAAGCUGUUGCCCAACUCCAGGAAAUCCUUGAUCUACAGGAUUCCAAGCAGAAAUUUGCCCGGGAAAUUAAGUCUAAAGAUGCUUCACUUCUUUCUUUUGCUAAUAAACUGAAAGAGACAGAACGGAUUCUUGAUAUGCUUGCUGAUGAUUAUUCUGAUUAUCGGCGGCCUAAGAGAUUGAAACCGGAUGAGGAUGGUGUGGACGAUGAUGAUUCGUCUUCUUCUACUAGUACCACUACUGUUGCGUCUCAAUUGAAGUUGUCAGAUAUUUUGUCAUAUGCUCACAGGAUUAGUUAUACCACUUUUGCACCGCCAGAGUUUGGUGCUGGACAGGCCCCUCUUCGUGGGGCACUCCCACCUGCCCCUCAGGAAGAGCAAAUGCGUGCUUCUCAGCUAUACAACUUUGCUGAUCUCGAUGUUGGUUUGCCUAAAACGGAUAAGGCUAAGGAGAAAACUAUUGAGCCGUUCAUGGAGCCGCCACCUCCAGUGGAUGCUGACCCAUUUUCACAAUUGAAGGCCGCUCUUAAAGUCCCCCCAGGCUGGAAACCUGGGAUGCCUGUGGAUUUGCUGGAUUUGCCAUUACCAUCAUCACUACCCCCGUUGGAGUCUUUGCCUGUGCGACCUACUCCACCUCCAGUAUUGCAGAGGCCACCUGAAACCAUUCAAGUUAGACAUGUUGACCUGGAAAUUGGGGAUACUGAUGAUGACAGCAGUGACUAUAGUGGUGAUGAGUCAAGCUCCGAUUGAUAGGGGAAUUGUUUGGAUCUUUGAUAGUUUGAAACUCAAGUUAGUGCACUAGCAGAUGGCAAAUCAUUACUUUUCGAAGAAAAGAGGUAGUUUGAGUUCCAUUUGAUGCUUUCUUUUAUCUCAGAUAAUAAAUGAUGCACUGCAUUGGAUGUAUGAGUAAUCUCAUUGCAUUCAACAUACAUUACUUUUAACAGUAAUCUCACUGCAUUCCUUGGCCUGACCAACAUGUAGUCCUUUAACGGUAAUCUUAUUGCAUUCCUUGAAAUGUAAGUGUUUCCUUUGAUGUUUCUUAAUGGAAAUUCGAAAGUUACGUUUCUUGACUCAUCACAUUCGGUAGAGUGUUGCCAAAUGCAUAUAAAUAGUGGAUGAUGAUAGGGUAGGAAAGCAACUAUUUUUCAGUUCUUAGGCAUCAAAAUUUUUGCCUGCAGAGGUUGUUGGGAUCUAUCAGUGUUUGAGUUUGUUUUGAUAUUAUUAUGAGUUUAGUGCUAGGAGUCUAUGAUAGUUCAUAGUUGCUUAUGCUAAGAACUUUGUUAGCAGAUUGAAAUCAUGGUAGCAGUAUUCACACCACUGAUAUUUCAAAAAGAAAAAGAACAGAGAUAUACCUAAACCAGAGAAGUGAAUAUGUAUGUAGGAUACCAUGCCUCAAUGACUGAAAUGAAUAAGGGAUACACUAAACGUGAUUUUUGUUAAACUUAAUAAACGGGUCAUGUGUCAGAUGAUACUUCAUUAUGAUUCAAUUGUUGCAGUUUGAUUGGCAUUCAAAGGUGUAAUCGGCUCUCUUUAAAGGGCAGCAACAUGGUUCCUUGACAGUUUUGGAAGAGUUUCUUGAAUAAAAUGUUAUGUCUCAAGAAAAUAGUAUAGAACUGCAACUUAAGUAACUCUAGUGGAACACAUUGCGGAACAAGAUAAGAAAAAUGGAUUCUGAAUUCUGAAAUCAACCGAUGUUCCAUUA